CCAGGCAUAAGAUCGAAAUCACACGACGAUGAAUAUCGUAUUAUGGAUUAUUAUUCAAGUGUCAAUAUUGAGCACUCCUUCGGCAUUGGCUCAGCAAUCCUUAUUAUUCAGUACUACUCGCGAUAUUCGUAUUUUGAAAAAUCCAGCCCAGCCCAACGAACACGAAGUCAUCGUACAUGUGCCUAAUUCGCAAUCAGUUGUACUCGGUACAGACUACUGCUUUAAUGAAUCGUUAAUUUGUUGGGGUGAAGCAAAUGUCAGAGAAAUUAAUUGUGUUUCUUCGACUACUACUACUACUACGACAAACACCGCGCUUAAUUCGAGCAACAUAAGUAACUACGUUAAAACUGGCGAUACGUAUAACUUGGUAAAACUAGCGUGCGAUUGGCUUACUAGUAAAUUAUACUGGACAGACCAUACUGCCAAUAGAAUCGAAGUAAUUUCUUUAAAAACCAGAUACAGAAAAAUCUUGAUACGUAGAAGUAUUGACAGAAUUCGCGAUAUCGCUGUGGAUCCACUCAGCGGACUUUUAUUCUGGUCAGAUGGUGGCGAUAGUGGAAAAAUUGAACGUUGCUCUAUGGAUGGCGAUUCGUCUACGAGAGAAGUAAUCGUGUGGAGGGAUAUUAUCUCACCGAGUGGAUUAUGGCUGGAUGUGAUUAAAAAACAGAUAUACUGGAUGGACGAAAACUUACUGAAAAUCGAAGUGGCCGAUUACAACGGUGAAAACCGAAAUGUACUGUUGAGUGAAGGUAUACAACAACCGUAUUCGGUCACUCAAAGUAUGGAUAUUCUGUACUGGACGGAUCGGCAAACUAAUGGCAUUUAUUCUUAUAAUACGACUGCCGGUGGUAACCCAACACUUGUGAUGAACUACACGCAGUAUUCUGCCACACCUGUCAGCUUGAGAAUUUUCGACCCAUCCAUACAACCCGCCAAAGCAACGCCUUGCGAUCUAAAUAACGGAGGAUGUUCCCAUUUAUGUCUACUUUCAUCCGAAUCACAAGGGUACUCUUGCGCUUGUCCAGAUGGCUUCGAAGUCAUUAAUACGACGACGUGCGCCGAUUCCAUUCAAUCGGUGAUUCUGAUAGUUCAGCGUACGAAAAUCAGCACCAUUUCUUUGGAUUCGUCAGAUUUUUACACUUACCAGAUACCACUCGAGGGGAUCAAGAAUGCCACGAAUAUCGAUUACGAUAUGGUCGAGAAACAGAUUUAUUGGACGGACAGAACACAUAAUACAAUCCAAAGAGCAGACUUGAACGGCGAUAGUCAAGAAAAUCUUGUCGUAGAUGUACAAUGCGAAGGUAUCGCUGUCGACUGGCUAUCGAAGAAUAUUUAUUUCGCCAAUUCCGCUAGAAGAAGAAUCGAAGUGCGAAAAUUGAACGCAAAAUAUAGAAAAUCCGUGAUCGUCGAUGGAAUUGAAUAUCCGAAGGCUGUGGCUGUGUCACCUCAGCAUGCAUUUUUCUGGUGGACUGACUGUGACGAAUCGUUUCCAAAAAUUGAACGUGUUAAUUUGGACGGAUCAAAUAGAUUGAUUCUAGUCAAAGACCAGAUAUCUUGCGCCAGCAGUAUAACCUUAGACCUCACCACUUCGGAGCUGUUCUGGGCUGACACCGAUUUACGCACCAUCGAAGUAGCAAACAUGCUGAAUGGCCAAAAUCGCCGCACCAUUGCUCAAGAGGAUCAAUGGCCUAUCAUUUGGGGUAUCACCAACCUAGGCGAGUACUUAUUCCAGAUCAAUUGGAACAUGAAAAAGUUGCAACAAAUCGAUAAACUGACUGGCCAAGAUAGAACUUCAAUCGUGCCAAAUUUACCCGAUGCCAUGGCCGUCAAAGCGAUCAACAUGUCGUCUAAAUUGCAGUUCACCAAUCCAUGUUACGUAAGUAAUGGCGACUGUGAUCAGUUUUGUUUCUAUCAGCCCGAUGGAAAUGUCCUAUGUGACUGUGAAAUCGACUACGAAUUGAAACCAGAUGGUAAAGGUUGCGUUAUUUCAAACGCUUUCGUUAUCAUUCAAAGUGCAGACGAACUACGUAAAAUAAGCGUUCGAAAUAGUUCAAGUACUCAAAUUGUGUCGACCUUUGAUGUAAAUUCUGUGAGUGCUUUCGAUGCCGAUGUCACCUAUUUGCAGACUACAGUUUAUUCGGCGGAUAAUCGAUUCAACGUGAUUAAUCAAACUUCUUUGAAUGGGUUGGAAACUGAAACCUUCAUCGACUUUGAUCUACACUCACCGGUUUCAAUUCAAGUCGAUCGAAUUGGAUCGAAUUUAUAUUGGAUUGAUGCGAUCAGCAAAAGAAUUGAAGUUUGUUCGCUGAAUGGUAAAUAUAGAAAAGUACUAUUCUGGAAAAAUUUAAACGAUCCGAGAAAUUUAAUCCUAUAUCAUAAGGCAGGUCUCAUGUACUGGUCUGAAUGGGAUGGUCAAACCGGUGCUAUCUUCGAAGCAGCUAUGGAUGGUUCUUCAAAACUGAGAAUUGAUGUGGAAGUGAAACAGAUCGAUGGAUUAGCAAUUGACUCAGGCCAACAUUCGUUGUAUUGGUCGCAAUCACAAGCUGAUCUUUCUAGCAUACAUAUGUAUGAUAUGAUUGGAAAACAUAUCAAAGUAAUCGUCUCUGGUACGUUAUUGAAACCUACAUCUUUAACAAUCCAUCAAAAUGAUCUAUUCUGGAUUAAUCGCAGCAAUCAAUCGAUUAUUCGUGCUAAUAAAUCGAACGGUAAUAACCCUACUCUAUUUUAUACUCAAGAGAAAGAAAUUAUUGAUUUCAGUUUGGUUGAUGGUAAUUUCACCGAUGAAAACGAAGAAUAUCCGAAUUGCAAGGAGUGUAAUCAUCUCUGUCUUAUUAAACCAGACCAUAAAAAUAAUAAGAUAGAUCAUUCCUGCGCUUGUCCUACACAUUUUGAGUUGAAAAAUGGCAGUUGUCAUCCGCCAGAAAAUUUCUUACUUAUUUCAUCCAGCAAAAAUACUCUUCACCGAUUCAUCAACGAUAACGAAGAUCCAGAUGUAUUAAUGCCAGUUGCUGGUAUGAAAGAAACCCUCGCCAUCGAAUACGAUCCGAUCACCGAAUACGUUUACUGGAUCGAUGGCAACGAUAAAGCUAUCAAAAGGAGUCACAUGACCAGACCAGUGGCCCAAAUCGAGGUAGUCUUCAGGAGUGAUCAAGGUGAUGAUGGACUAUUCAAUUUUCACGAUCUUGCCUUAGAUCCGUAUAAUCGAUUAUUGUUUUGGAGUUGUUCGUCGACUAAUUCGAUCAACGCUGUUCGUCUGGAUGAAGAAAUCUCUCACCUGGGACCUGUUUUUACCGGUGUGGAUAGAAAACCUCGCAAAAUCGCCAUUCAUGCCGAGAAAGCUUUAAUUUUUUGGACUGACGAUGGAUCUGUACCGAGCAUCGGACGUACCCAAUUAGGGGACCGGUAUAUCGAACGUAUCGAUACUGAUAAUAGAAUCGUGGACGCUAUCGCAGUUGAUACCCAAUCGAAUUUGCUCUUUUAUUCCUAUAAUCAAAUGAUAUUCUCCAGUGAUUUGUCCGGUGAUAAAAAGACUUUAAUUAUGCGAACAACCAGUUCAAAAAUUACAACUUUAGCUAUUCUCGACUCGUUUAUUUAUUAUGGAGCCGAUUACAAGGAAAUGCCUUCAACUAUAGAAAAAAUUGAGAAAGUUCCUAGUCAUAAUUCAAGCCAUGUAACCGUAUUGACUGCCCAGGUUACCGACUUGAUCAGUGUGAAAUCAUUAAGCCUCAGUGAUCUCUCAAGUCACCCUUGUGGUAAUAUAAAUCGUACCAAAUGCUCGCACUUUUGCAUACCUGUACCAGAGUUUCCUGAUAAAAUGCGUUGUUCUUGCCUACCAAAUUUCGAAUUGAACGAUGACGCGAUUUCUUGCUCAAGUCACCCCACUAUGGUACCAGGAAACGAGACCGACUUCAGAUGCGGUGUAAAAAGUGAACAAAAAAUACCAAAUUUUAAACGCUGCGAUGGAAUACUCGAUUGUGAAAAUGGUACCGAUGAAGAGAACUGUUGGAUGUGUACCGAGCAUAAAUUCAGAUGUUUGAAUAGACAGUGCGUAGAUCAGAGUGAAGUUUGCGACGGUAGAUGGGACUGUUUUGAUGGUUCGGAUGAAAAAUGCUGUUCUGAGAACCUGUUUUUGUGCGUUACGAAUGGCAAAUGUGUCUCGAAUUUGAGUUUUUGCGAUGAAACUAGAAAUUGUGAUGAUGGAUCUGAGUACGAUUGGGCAGAUUACUUCCAUAUUGUGGCGGCUUCGGUAAUGCUCUUCUUGAUAUUUCUGAUUGCCUAUGUUACAUGGAUGAGAAAACGUAAUCGCGAUAAACCGACUGGAGAACGAGCUCUGGAGGAAAUGAUGCUUCGUGCUGGAAAUAAAUACUCUACGAAAGACGCCAAUGGUCAAAAUUAUAAGACGGAAACGUCGCCUAGUUCGAAGGCGUUGAUUGAAAAGCGACGGAAGAGUUCAGAGUUCAGACAAUGUGUAAUGUCGAUGUAGUGCCUUGAUUUUGAUUUAAAGAAUAUUGAGAACAGAAUGGGCUUUCGUGUUUGCAGGGGUUGUACUAUGUUAUACCUACUUUUUUAAAAUGUUGGUCACUGAAAGUUACUUUUUCCGAUUUUUUUUCAUAAAUUGUGAUCUUUCACGAGAAAACCAACCUAGUGUCCAAAAUGUAAAUUUUACAGGAAGGGCAUUUGAAGUUUUGAGUCUAUGUAUCAGGCGAUCUAAAAUUUGUAGGUCCAUGAAACUUGCACCACUUUUGGCCCCCAUGAGUGCCAACAUAACCCGAUAUUUUUUUUUCAGAAUCAUCGCAUUCAAGGUUGCCAAGUCCAAUAAUCGAAAUUUCCCAAAAUCAAUUUUUUCGAUUUUUUUUGAAUUUUUCGCCAAAAAUGUUGCAAAAACUACCCGAGUAUGAAUUAUUAAUGAAGAAUAAGUUAUUAUUAUUAAAUUUAUCACGUUUCUUAACAAAUUUGUUCAAGGUGAAAAGAGUUGAUUUUUCCAGCUCAAGCCUUACUCAAAUGUCAAAAUAUGGCACAAAUCCUCCAAAUGUGGGUCGAUUGUUGCAAAAAUUUGCAUUUUGGCUCCCCAGAACAUACCUUUCAAGAAAAUCAAAAAAAAAAUUUCGAUGUUUACUGUGCUCUAUUUUUUUGACCUCAGAUUUAGGGUCAAGAGAAUCGUUCGCGAACGUUUCAACCCCCACGGUCGGAUUCAGCACCCUAAGUACUACUAAUAUCCACCAUAAAAAAGAUAUUGGUUUUUUGGACACUAAGCUGGUUUUCUCGAGACAGAUCACAAUUUCUUUUUUUUCAAAAUUUUAUUCGAAAUUCUAUGUAAAAAAAUCACUGUUUUUAUUUAAAUGGCAUCACUGCUUUUUCAGUGUUACAUCUUGAAUUUUGGUGGUGAUUGUUUUCCAAAAUAAUUUUUUCAUGAUUUUGCUCUGAAUUUUGAUGAUGUUUUUCGCCUGAAUUUUUGCCCAAUUUUAUCACCUUGAAUUCUCGUGAUUUUUUGAUAAGAAUUUUCCCUCGAGCUUGUGUGAUUUUAUUGCUCAAAUGGUCUGGAUUUCUCCUUAUUUCAGUUCGAUGGCAUUUUUUGAAUUUUGUGAAUUUUUUUCUUCGCUGAUUUGGUGAGUUUUCUUUUGAAUUUUUGUAGAUUUUUUCCUAUUCUGACGGGUAUGAUUUUCUGAAUUUUUGCAAGUUCUCUUUUUUUGAGUUUUUCGAUUAUUUUCUCGGAAUUUCCAUUUGUUUUCUUUUUUCAAAUUUUGGCAAAGUUUCUCCAGGUUUGACAGACUUUUUCAACUUUGAAUUUUCACGAUUCUAUAGUUUCGUUCUAAACUGUGGUCAUUUUUUUGCCUAAAUUUUGACUGUAUUUUUUCAUUCUAUCAGUUUUUUUGAGUUUUCGGCUUUAAAAAAACAAGUGAUUUUUUUGCUCUCAUUUUUGUGGAAUUAUGAUUUCUUUUCUGCCAAAAAUCAUAAUUUCCUUUAAAUUUUGAUCUUUUUUUCGAGAAGGGAGGGAAGCUUCUUGAAGAUUUGAUGAGUUUGUUUUUUUCAUUUGCACCUUUUGUGGUGGAUUUUUCUGCAUCUUGAUAUCUGUUAUUCGUUGAUUCCUCUCUUCCUUUUCCUCUUCCCUUCCAGUUACGAGGAAAAGCCCUCCGGAUGUCCUCUCUCUUUGAACAAUCUUUUUUCUCGGUUGAAUCCUCUUCAGUUUUGCUAGAAAUUUGUUGAUUUUUCUCAAAAAUUUAUCGAUUUAUUUCCGAAUUUAUACCUUAUUUCAAUUUUCGGGAGUUCUCUGUUCUGAAUUCUUAAUGAAUUUUCGAGAUUUUUAAUAAAAUUUUCUCCUAAUUUAGCCCCAAAUUUUGGUAAUUUUUUUCAUGCUUAAAUUUUUGCAAAAUUCCUUUGUUUGCAGAUUUUUUUCAAGUUUUUGAGAGUUUUUUUGAACUUUGAGACUUGAUGGUUUUAUUUAGAAUUUUUUUUGAGGAUUUCUAGAUUUUUUUCAAGUUUUAUUCUUUUUAAUUCUCAUAGAUUUUAUUUUCCAACUUUUCAACGACUUUUCCCGAAUUCUCGUGGUUUUUUUUGUGUCUGAAUUUUUGUCAAGUUUUUGCAAUUUUAUCGUUAAUUUUCGUGCGUUUUUUUUCAAUUCUUGCUAUGUUUUUUUUUUCAAAUUGUAGUGCUUUUUACCUUAAUUUUUUCGGUGGAAUUUUUCUUCUUUUAAUCGAAUUUGUAUUCUGGAAUCCUCGUGAUUUUUUCAACUUUUUAAAUUUUGACAAAACUCUGUUUUUUUGUUCAUUUUGAAUUUCGCUCUCGAGUUUUAUUCUUAGGGACUUAUAAUUUUGAUCUAUUAAGAGAAGAUCACGAGGAGCUUUUUCAGCAGUAUUUUUUGACUAUUUUUUUCUCUCCAGAUCUUGAUUUUUGCUCUGCUUCCUGUUUUGGUCAUUUUCUCUCAAUUUCAAUGAUUUUGUCAACUUUUUCCAUUUUUUUUUUGAAUCGUGUCAAUUUUUGACAGUUUUGAUGCAGGAUUUUUUUUCUUUUUGAAGCAAGGUACCUUUUUUGAUUUCGAUUUUUUAAAAUGAUUUUCACAAAUCACCACUCUUUUUUUCAAAUUUGGAUUGCAAUCUCCCCCGUCUCCCCUGCCGCUCUUUCCUGUUGAUUUUAAUACGUUUUCCGUUCUAAAGUAAAUUCUUCUUACUUAUGAAUUUUUUUUACUAAUUAUCAUUUAUUAUUUCUCAACACUCGAAUAAUUUUUUUUUCAUAAAAUCCUCGCUCGUGUCAACUUUUUUGCUGUUUUACAAUUGGUAUUUUUGUGUUUGAUUUUUUGAAAUGAUUUUGAAUAAAAGAUUAAAUUUUGUUCCUCCCUGUUUCGGUAGACUUCCCCCUGUUCUUACAAUUUUGCAAUUUUUUCAGUAGUUUAACACAUUUUUCGAUUAUGUUUCCGGAAUCCAAUAUUUUUUUCAUGAUUUCAAUUUGCGUUUUUGAUCUACAGUACAAGUAGUUUACUUUCAAAAUGUUGAUAAUUAUCUGCUUUGAGCUGUUGCUAGCUUUUUUCAAAAAUGGUUUUUAUUCGAAUUUUGAUGUUUGUUUUUUUUGAAAAAACUGCUAUCGGAAUUUUUGUUACGAUUGGUUUUCUUUCGUAAUCUGAAAUAAAAUGUAAUGUUUUGUAUGCAUUGAAGUUUUUUGGUCGCCACUUUUUUUUACCAUUUUUUUUUUUUUUUACUUUUCCCAGCUUUUUUUGGUUACUAAAGUUACAUUUCUUGAGAAAAAUUCGAGUACAAUCCCUGUGUUUGCAUUUUAAAUGCUUACCUAUAUUUUUUUUUUUUUUUUUUAAAGAAUUGCUUAUUUUUAUCAUUGUUAUUGUUAGAUAAUAAGUUCUAUGUUUUACUUUUUCCUAUAUCAUUGAUAAUUAUGUAAUUGCCAUGUUUAUCGCUUAAAACUUCCUGAUAAGUUUCAGUGCACGGUGCAUUUUAUUUUUAUUUAUGUAAGUAUAUACCUCUACCUACAAAGGCAGUAUUUGAUGUCUACUUAUUUCUAGUUUUGUGAUCGACUUUUUAUUUGUGAAAAAAACAUAUCUACUUAAGUACUUACCUAGCAUAACAUUAAGACUGAAAAUCUGUACUUACUACAUUGCAUUUAAAUUUAUUUCAGUUCACUUUUUUUCUUCUUCUUCAAGAUCCAUUUUUAAAUUAUUGGCAACUUUUAUACAUACCUUCGCAUUUUGCAGCUUACCUAUGUGAGUGUUGGACUGAUUAAAAUAUUAUCAUCAUAGACUUUGAAAAUCGCGUUUAAAAUACCUACCUACCUAUUUUAUAUUUUUAUUUUUAAAAAUUUAGUCGUUACUUUUAGAUAGUGAACAUUUUGUUUCAUCUCACAUCUUUCAUAUUUGGUGGUCAUAUUAUUGUGUAGUGUAAAACGUUCAUAUGUUAAGUUCGAGUAUGGUUCGUUAUAUUUUUAUUAUUAGGUACGUACUUAUCUAUUCAUUUCUAGUUCUGUGAUCACGUUUUUAUUCGUUGUAAAAUUAUGUAAUAUAACAUCAAGACAGAAAAAUCUGUUUUUGUUACGUUUGAAAUUGUUUUUAUAUAUUUUUUUUGUAGGGUACCUAUCUUUUUUUUGAUAGAAUUAAUUUUUGUCAAUUUUUAUACGUAAUACUUACUUUUUUCCAAUUUUGAACAUAAGUUUUGAAUAAAUAAAACUAAUCGUGUAGCAAAAAAAAGUUUUUCUUUUUCAUUUUAAUUUUUGUAACCCCAUUGCUGCUGAGAAAUUAAGGUAUUAAAACAAUUUUCUUUUUUUUUUGAAAAUAGGGAAAUUUGAGAACAAAGUUGUUGGCAGACCUUGCAGGAGUGAGUAAAAUUUUGAGACUCUGACUAAAACUACCAGUUUUGUUCUGGUGUUUAAAAUUUCAAAACUCAGAAAUUAAAAUAAUAAUUUUUUUUUUUAACAUGAAAAAAAAUUUUAUUUGAUGUGUUUUUUUACACAGAUUUUU